GCCUCGGUCUCGCUCAUUUGAACGAUGCAUGGAGCCAUAUCACCGGUGCAGCAGUAACAACAGUAAUCAUAACCAUCAACACAGCAUACACCAUCAUGCUUCUACCAUGAACAACAUGGUCGACCAUAAAUCAAAACGUACCUUCUAUAACAGUAACAACAGCGGCAAUAGCAACAGCUGGAUAUUCUUCUCCCUUCUUUUGCGUAGCCGAGUCUACAUUCAUUGGCGAGCCGGAUUCGUUCUUUUGAUCGCCAUUUGUAUUGCAGCCAUUAUCAUUCUCACUUCACCAACCCACUCACCCAUUGCCAUUCGAGAUUACGACUCAGUGUUUGCUUCCAUCACCAAUCGUCGAGUAGCGUCCAAAUGGCGAGGAUAUUUGAACCGCAAAACAUUAGCAUCACCGAAUCAUCCCAAACUUUAUUACCCUCGACAAUGUCCUACUAACAAUCGAUCAUGCGCCAAACUCGUUCCAUCGUUUAUAUUUGCUGGAAGUGAGCUUUCAGGCACAACAUACAUCUUUAGUACCUUACAGACACAUCCGCAAGUGAUUGGCACAGUAGACCAUCAAAACUCAGGCACCUUGUUUGAUUCUGACGACGAGGCAUUGUUCGAGGCAUAUCUUUCGCAAUUCCCCACCUUACAAGAAGAGAUUCCGUUGGAUGAGAUCGUUGUGGCCGGCGAACAUGCUCCCCAAUACCUGUAUCGAAGCCAUAUUGCUGCACGGCGGUUACGCGAACUGUUGCCACAUGUCAAACUUGUGUUCAUUUUACGUGACCCAAUCGAUCGAGCCUAUUCCCAGUAUUUCACCGGUGCUGAUUUCGAAACGGCCUCAUUCGAAACACUGAUGGAGACCGAGCUUGAUAUAUUACGACAAUGCGGGCAUACAACGACUGGAUGGGAAGGAUUCGUUCGGUGCCAUGAAAGCAAUGAAAUCCGUGUUGCACGCGAUUCGUCCUUUAACAGCGAUGCAACCAAUUGCACCGAGGAAUGCGAUAUCACAACAAGCAGUGCUGAUGAAAAAGCAGGUCUCGACUCGCUUGCACGAGGCAUGUACUAUACUGCCUUGCUGCCGUUUCUCGAUGAAUUCCCGGCAUCCCAAAUCUUUGUCAAACGCACCGAAGACUUUCUGACCAACCCAUCCGCGUCGUUCCAACUAUUAGCCCGUUUCCUUGGCAUCGAUCCAACCUAUUUCUCUGAACGCAAUUUUUACAAGCAUUAUGGCUUGACGGAAUCAAUGCUGUUUGGCAAAGAUACUGUGCCGCCACCUCCUCCAUAUUAUCAAGCAAAUAAUAACGGACUUCGCCAUCAUCAUUUGCCAUCACAACAACAACAACAACAACAUGAAAAAAUCAGCGCGCUCGCUUUGGAGGAUGGAUUCGGUGAAGCAAGCAAGGAUGGCGUUGAGGAUUCAUUUGACUACGAUGACUUGCCGAACUUUGUUAAAUCGCCUUCGGAUAUCCCUAUCUUGGAUCUAGGAACGCGGUACCGAAUGCAAAAAGUUUUUCGACAUAUGAACCAGCGACUUUUGGAUCUGUUUGAACGCGGCAGAGAAGAUUUUCCUGGCUGGGAUUAUGAUGUAGAGCGUGGCUAAAGAUUCGAAAAUAGGGCCUUCAUGCCAUUUCACCUCCAUCACCCCCUCCAUAUUUUUGCCUUCCUCGCCCUCUUUGUACAUUCUGCAUUCUUCUUCUUAUUGUUCCCUACCCGUGGCAAAAUCAAACUUCAUAAGUACGUACAUACAUACAUAUUAUUAACAUAUUAUUAACAUAUUUUAUUGAUU